AAACCCACACCCAUCCCCUUCCCUUCAUCCUCUACUCUUUCCUUCUCUCUCUCCCCUCACUCCUGCGCACCACCAGCCGCACAGCCCUCCCCCACGAGCAGCCACCACAGCAGGGCACCACUCUUCCUCCCCACGAACAACCACGAGCAGCAGGGGCUGCGUGGUCUCUUCCAAGCAGCAGAGCAGGCGGCGUGUACCCUCACAACAGUCGGUUAACCCUAGUGCCGCCACUCCUUCCCUUGGUCCACCACCACCACCGCAACAACCACCUACAAUCUUACCUUUUUCUACUUCUCCCAUUAUGAAGUGUAACCAUUACAAGUGGUGUGGGCAUGUGGAGAAAGAUUGCAAAAGAAAGCAAAAUAAAAGGCAUGUGCAAGCACUGGUUUCAAAGGAAAUGUUAUAGCUGUGCUACGUCUCUCACGCCAUCUACAACAUCUUUCACUCCCCUUGUGUUGUUGUUUGCUGACUACAUACAUUUUUCAUCUUCAUGGCUCUUUUUCAUCCCUCAUACAUCUACUCCUAUAGCUUUUUUACCUACAAAACACAAUCUAAAUAAAUAAGCUACAGCUGCUACACCAAGCAAUCACAAUUGUAUCAGGUUAGAACACCUUUUCAGAAAUGUUAUACGAGGCCAAAAUCCUGGUUUCCCUCUCUUUUAUCUAUUUGCUUCAAGAGAAAUUAUUGUGAAAUUGGAACACAAAAUCAAAGAAAAGCUAAACAUAAAUGGUGUUCCACCUAAUUGAUGAGCUAAUUCUACAUUCUUUGCAAGAAACCAAUUCUCCUAGUAAUUCAGAACCAGAAUCAGAAUAACAAUGCUGAAGGACUGAAGAUUGAAGAUAUUUAUGCGGUAUUUCCGUAGGAUAUUUUAAGGCGGAAAAAUAUCUAUGCACAACUGAUUCAAGUGGCACGUGGCUGUGAUGACGUGAAGCUUACACGUGUAAAAAGCGAUCCCAACUGGAAUACUCUUUGUUUGUCGUCCAUAACCAUUUCUCUAUGAUACCAUCCAAUUUAUCCUCAAUUUCUUCAAUUCUAUCUUAAUUCCUUUCUUCUCCUAAUCAAUUAAACCCAUAAUUCUCUUUCAUCAUUUUGUUCUUUAAUUAUUUUCUAUUUUCUUAUAAUCGGUGCUGGUUCUUCAAAUUCCCUGUCAUCUGCUGUUAUUGGUGCCGAUCUUUCUGCCGUUGUCGAACAGGAGGAAAUUUUAAACAUGGAAUUAUUGGAAAAGGAAUCCAUCUCUACUGAAUGGACUGAUGAAAAGCAUAGUUUGUAUCUGAAGUCUAUUGAAACUUCAUUUGUACACCAACUUUACGGCUCAAUGGAUUUAAGUGGUUUGCACUCACAUUGUAAGAAUCCUUCACACAUGAGAUCAUCCAAGCAUAAUACAUUUCGUGCAGCUGAUCAGUUUAAGGUCUGCAAACUUGGUAGCUGGCAGAGAAUGAAAUUUGAAAGCGGUGAGCCACCCCCUUGGAAAGCAGUAAAGUCUCGCAUCCUACUGCAAAACCCGUGGAUUCAGCGUUUUAGAAACAGAGACGAUCAACGUAUUCCCUCAAAUGCUUCAUUUGGGAGUGGGCCAGUGAGCAAUGUACAUGCAUUAUCAAAAAUAUCAGAUGAUUUUCCUAAUUUUCAAAUUAUUGGAGAUUCAAGCAUUGGUGAAGAACACUCUGGCCAGAAUUUUGAUGAAGAUAAUGAGGAGACGCUAUGCAGUUCACAUACAACUAAACGAAUGAAGACGGUUGGAGCAAAGAAUAAGAUCCAUGAGUAAAGCACUCUGUCGUAUCACGGGCUACUAACUAAGCUCACUUCCAGCAUGAAGAAACCCUUUUCUCACAGAUUUUGUAAAUGGAAUGGGACAGGGAGGAUUGUGAAUGUAAUGUGUGCAAUUAGAAUGAUGAUGGUUGGUGUUGGCUAUUCGUUCAUUACUUCAUUUGUAAUGUUCUAAUGAUGAUGGUCGUCAUUAUUAUCAGAUAAAAAAUAACUCAGUUUUUUUAACCUGAGGUUUUGAGGUC